AUGAUCCGGACUGGUGUCAUAAAGGAACAAAAACCUGAAGGCUUCUAUGGCCAGUACUGGUUACAUUCUGAACUAGUUCUGAGUCGCACCAACCGGCCACCUCUGUCCCUUUCCCGGAUGAUCCGGCAGAUGAAGCUACCUGGCCGGGAAAACAAAACCGCUGUGGUCGUCGGGGUGAUAACCGAUGACGUGCGGGUCCAGGAGGUGCCCAAACUGAAGGUGUGCGCGCUGCGUGUGAGCAGCCGUGCCCGGAGCCGCAUCGUCAAAGCUGGAGGCAAGAUCCUCACCUUCGACCAGUUGGCCCUGGACUCCCCCAAGGGCUGUGGCACCGUCUUGCUCUCUGGUCCGCGCAAGGGCCAAGAGGUGUACAGGUAUUUCGUCCAGGCCCCAGGGACCCCACAGAGCCACACCGAACCCUACAUGCGAUCCAAGGGCCGGAAGUUCGAGCGGGCCAGAGGCCGCAGGGCCAGCAGAGGCUACAAAAACUAACCCCAGAACCUGCCUUGUUAUUAAAAAGAUUUGGACUGUUAAAAAAA